AUGCUCUGUCUGAUUGGCGAACCGUCAUUCAAGCGCGAUGAAGAACGGAAGAUGAAACGUACCGGCAUAUGGAAUGAAGGACGCCCAGCUUUUCAAGGCAUGGCAAGCCGCGUGAUAGCUAAGCAGAGGGCGGCUUUCUUGUCCAAAAGAUUUUGUUUCAAAGACAGUUGCACUAAAGACAAACGUCUCAAGGGUUCACUGGAAUACUCAUCAAAAGAUGCCUUGGAUUACGGUCUGGCAUAA